AUUUCCUGCAGGAGGCUGGUGGGGAAUUCAGUACUCAGAGAAGAAGAGAGUGUGGCGGGACGCCUGGUAAAAGCAAGCAGGUAGAGGGGAAAGCCAUGACGCUGAACAAUGUCACAAUGCGUCGCAGCAGUGGUGCCUUGCAGACUCAACAGCAGCGCUGGAGCAUCCCAGCAGAUGGGAGACACCUGAUGGUUCAGAAGGACCCUCACGAGUGCAUCCGAAACAAAAGGUACACCAUCAACCCUGAAGAUUAUUACCGAAGAAGCUGGUCGUCAGAGUCUUCUGAUUCUGUCAUCUCCUCCGAGUCAGGAAAUGCCUUCUAUCGUGUGGUUCUCAUUGGAGAACAAGGAGUUGGCAAAACCACCAUCGCGAAUGUUUUUGCAGGUGUGCAUGACAGCAUGGACAGUGACUGUGAAGUGCUAGGAGAAGACACCUAUGAACGAACCUUGUUGGUAGACGGAGAAAGCACAAACAUCAUGCUUGUUGACAUGUGGGAAAACAAGGGUGUGAAUGGGUGGAUCCAAGAUCACUGCAUGCAAAUUGGUGAUGCCUAUCUGAUUGUCUAUUCCAUCACGGACCGUGCAAGCUUUGAGAGAGCAUCUGAGCUCAGAAUACAGCUCCGAAGGGCCCGUCAGGCAGAAGACAUCCCCAUCAUUUUAGUGGGCAACAAAAGUGAUCUAGUUCGGUGUCGCGAAGUCUCUGUUGCAGAGGGCAGAGCUUGUGCUGUCGUAUUUGACUGCAAGUUCAUUGAGACUUCAGCAGCUGUCCAGCACAAUGUGAAGGAGCUGUUUGAAGGGAUUGUGCGCCAAGUGAGGCUCAGAAGAGACAGCAAAGAAAAGAAUGAGAAGAGGCUGGCAUAUCAGAAGAGGAGGGAAAGCAUCCCUAAGAAAGCCAGGCGAUUCUGGGGCAAAAUUGUUGCCAAGAAAAACAAGAACAUGGCUUUCAAGCUGAAGUCCAAGUCCUGCCAUGAUCUCUCUGUCCUUUAGGAACUUUGAACCAUUCCAGAUGUUCUUUUUCAUGGACACGACUCAACUUCAUUCUGAACAAUAAAUCAAUCUAUAUUAGAUUGGCCAACAAGCAACAUAAAUUGACUUUGAUUUGCAGUUCGUGAUUAUUGUGAUGAAAUGUGUCAGCAAUAAGCACAGCCUAAUGCAUGCAUGGAAGAAGAAAAAGUCAUUCAUACUUUUUGGGUUUAUAGUUUAAGUGUGUGUGUGUGUAGGUGUGUCAGUAAACAACUUUGUCUUAAACACAAGAACAUUCUGCACUGACGUGAGAUAUAUUCCUCUGGUUGCCUUGGAUAAUGGCCCAAGAAUUGGAAAUCGCCAUUUGGAAAAUGAACGAUAUGUAUUUCAUUGUUAUUUUUGUUACACAUUUUUGUAAACUGAAUUUUGUAAACCUGCAAAAAGGGAAAUGGACAUUCUUAGAGAUUCCUUCUUCCUAGUCAACCAAUUGUUUUGAUUUCCUUAAGUGCCCACAGCCGAAUCUCUGUUAUAACAUCAUCAAUCCCAAUGGUUUAGGGAGGCAUCAGUAACAUUCAGGCAAUCAGAUGUUUAGGUAAAUGUCAGUAAAUGUUUAUACUGGGACAGGUCAUCAUGGAACCGUUGUGUGAAUUUCAUAAGUAGAAGCCAGGGUGGAACCAGACAGGGCAGAGAUCAUGGAGCAUGUCAGUUAUGUAAAGUUAAAUAACAGUGGAGCAGAAGUGGGAUUGGGGCCAUGUGGGGCCAGUUCAGGGCAUUUUGUCACCCCAAGAAAGUUACAUCUGUUGCCUCAUUGGUCACUUCUGGCCGGGUUCAGGAGAGUGACCAUCUCUGCCCUCCCUGCUGAUGGCCACGAGUGAGCUCAGCUUCUGUGGUGAGUUGAUGCCCUCUUUGUUGUAGUGCUUCAAACAGCUUCUUGAGUGGUUAGGCCACUGAACUGGCCCUGGAUCCACAGAGGGGAAGGAAGAGGAAGUUUAACUCUUUCACUCCCACAUAGUUUCACAAAUCACCCCCAGGUAUGCUUUUAGCAAUUUAAAGGAAAACAAGAAGAUUGAUAUGCUUCUUCCACCCACCCUUUUUAUUCAAAGGGCUAUAACACAGAGAGAACCUUGUUGUUUAAAUUUUCAAAAACCACACAAGAGUGAAAGGGUUGGACCCCUCUUCCCUCCCUGUAUGGCCGCAAUUGGCAUCAGGAAUGAUGUAGCUGUUACUAGAGCUUUAAAAGACACGAGAAGAUCAAGAAACCUGUCUCUACGGGCUCCUCUAGAUGUUACUUUUCUACAUGGGCACGCACUCAUUUUAAUAUGCUCCCUGAAGUCACACAGCUGCUAUGAGGAACAGAUUCUCCACAUGGAGCAUCAGUAGCAGCAAAAUAACUCCCCUUGCAUGAUUUUCAUGUGAGACACCUGCAUUAGGGGGAAGCCAGGAGCUUUUCCUCCCUCUGUGGUGCCAUUCCAAGCCCACUUGGGCUCUCCUUUUUUAAAAAAGAAGCAGUCCCCUGUAGCAGCCAUUUGACUGUGGGGAGCCUUUAAAAACAAGUGCCCAUGUCCAGAGGCGCCCUCAGUAUCUGGUCUAUUUUCACCCUGUUUCUAAGAUUUGAAUGAAGGAGAUGCUAUUGGUUAACAAUAGUUUAAAUACUGAAGUACUUCCGUAUUACAUAUAGAGCCAAUUAACUCUCUUUUAAAGCAGAAACCCAUGAUAUCAUAUUCUGUCAUGCCAUACUGCAGAGUUAUUUAUUAUAUUGAAAAGGUAGAAUUUUUUAAAAAUUAAGUGCAAAAUGCCAAUUUUUUAAAACAAAAUUCCUUUUAUCCUCCUAUAAUCUCCUUUUUAUAAGAGAGCUCCUUUUUUGCUCAUAUCUAGUCUUUGUAUUACACUGUGUUUGUAUUUAUUCUCUUUUAAAUAUUGUGUUUUUAAUGGGUUUACAGAAGGGAAGGGUAAGACACCCAGUGUUGGGAUGUAUUUAUUGAUUUCUUUUUUUAAAAAAAGAAACAUUUUGGUUUUAUUACUGUUUUCUAUAUAUUACCUUUUUCAGAUUAAGCAAC